GCAGGAGGCGGCGGGGUCUCCCGCAGCGCCAGGCUGCUCUAGGCCGCGACACCUCCGUAGCUGCCGGCGGAAGUUAGGUCGGCCGGUCCGUGCCUCCCCGAGAAAGAGAAAGCCGCCUCCACGCCGGAAGCGGAAGCAAGGGAGCCAAACGUCGGAAAGAUGGCGGCGAGCGGCGAGGCCCGUGCCGGCCCGGGGUCGACCGUGUGCGUCCUGGUGCUGGGCAUGGCCGGCUCCGGCAAGACCGCCCUCGUGCAGAGGCUCGCCGCGCACCUGCAUGGGCGGCACGCUGCUCCGUACAUCAUCAACCUGGACCCGGCUGUGCACGAGCUGCCUUUCCCGGCCAACAUUGAUAUUCGGGACACGGUGAAGUACAAAGAAGUCAUGAAGCAGUAUGGGCUAGGCCCAAAUGGUAGCAUUGUGACCUCCCUCAAUCUUUUUGCCACAAGAUUUGAUCAGGUGAUGAAGUUUAUUGAAAAACGACAGACUGCAUCCCAAUACGUACUGAUUGACACCCCAGGACAAAUUGAGGUUUUCACCUGGUCUGCCUCAGGUACCAUCAUCACUGAAGCUCUGGCAUCCUGCUACCCAUCUGUGGUGGUUUAUGUGAUGGACACAUCUCGCAGCACCAGCCCUGUCACCUUCAUGUCCAACAUGCUGUAUGCCUGCAGUAUCCUGUACAAAACAAAGCUUCCAUUUAUUGUGGCCAUGAACAAGACAGACAUCAUUGACCAUAGCUUUGCUGUGGAAUGGAUGCAAGACUUUGAAGCUUUUCAGGAUGCCCUUAAUCAGGAAGCCACCUAUGUCAGUAACCUGACUCGCUCCAUGAGCCUGGUUCUGGAUGAAUUCUACAGUUCACUCAAGGUGGUAGGUGUCUCUGCUGUCCAGGGAACAGGGCUGGAUGAAUUUUUUGAACAUGUGUCCAAAGCUGUGGAUGAAUAUGAACGAGAGUACCGCCCGGAGUAUGAGCGCCUCAGGAAGAAGCGGGAAAAAGUUCAAAGCCAGCGGCAGCGGGAGCAGCUGGUGCGUCUGCAGCAUGACAUGGGGCCCCUGGCCAUGGAUGGCAGCCCAGCAGCGUCCGGCUCGACAGCGGAGUCUUCACUGGGCCCCUCAGCACUGAUUCUGACACGAGGCACUUUGGAGGAGGAAGAGGGGCAGGAUGGGGGCCAAGAGAGCGAUGCUGAUGACAUCGACCAUGACGUGACUGAGAAGAGCCAUGAAGAACCUGCUUUCCAGAGCUUUUUACAGGAGGCUAAGCUGCGGUAUCCAGCCAGGAGCAACCACUAGGAGAGGGCAGCAGCAGCUGCAGUGGGUGUGUGCGUGCAGGAGGCAGAGGAGGCCUGGCCAAGCCCCUUCUCCGGGCCUGCGGGACUCUGGUCUCCCCAUGGCAGUUGGCCUUGGGAACACGGCUGAAUCACCGUAUGGGAGCUUUCCUGACUGGCAGGCACUGCCACUUCUGCAGAUGGAAGUGACGUGGCUCCUUGGGAGCGUGUGUGAACUGUGAAGAGAGGCAUCCUGUCAAUUCCAGGCCACGUGUUGUGAAUCCCACCUGCAGUGUUGACCACUUUCUAUAACUUAUGUGAAAAGGCCUAUUUUGCUAUAAAUUGCUGGUGCAGCUCAUUCUUUCUAGCUCAGCUCAAGGCACUCCAUUCCCUCUACUACCUGUGAUGAGCCAAGAGCAGAGCUGGUUAAGUUUUGCUUUCAGAACUAUUAGGAAUUGUGGGCUCAGAUGAGGCUGCAUUUCCCUGGCCCACCCUGAAAGGGCCUGAGGGGCUGUGGAGGGGGUGCAACGGCGGAGACAAAGCCUUCCAUCAGAGGCCCCUGAAUAAGCUGACGUGGGAGGACAGGCCGACUCCUGCUGUGUGCGCCCAGAACAAGAAGCAGAAGCAAGGUAUAAGCUGGCGCUCUGCACGUAACAGCACAUGUAAACAUUGUGACAAUCCCUGAA